AUGAAAUUGUAUUUUUCUGAGUCACAUCGUUCUCGAGUACUUUCUCUUUAUAGACGUGCUUUAAAAUUAUCACUUGAUUGGUGUAUUAGAAGAGAUAUUUGGAGGAUAGAAGCAUUAAAAAUAAGAUCUCGUUUUGAAUCUAAUAGAAAUAUUUGUGAUCCUUGGCGUCUUUCGGUUAUUCUUGAAGAAACUGAAGCAAUUUUGAAAAAGUAUAAGCAUCCUGAUCCUUAUAUUGUCCCUACGUCACCAGGUGGUUCAAAGUGGGAACGAAAUAUUCCUCCUACUGCACAUCUUAAAACUGAACAUUAA